AUGGAACCCUUCUCCUUUGCAAGUUCAGAAGCUCUUGAUAUUCCAGUAAAUAUUAGAAUCGUCAACCUUGAAGGGGAGCAGACCCCAAUUCCAUUUUCUACACUCAUAAAUCGACCAGACUUGAGACAUAUUGGCUCCAAUUUGAGCCCUCACUCGGAUCUUUAUGUCACUGUACAGUUAUGGGCUGAUUCGAAACCAUUAACUGUACCCGUCCAAACAGCCUAUAAAUCAUUCAAACAUGAGAGAAAAUGGAAUGAAUGGCUCACCUUGCCCAUACAUUGUUCAACGAUACCUUUGAGUUCUCAACUUGCGAUCACAGUAUGGGAUUUGUCUCCAACGGGAGGUGAUGGGGCUCAAGGGCAUGCUGUACCAUUUGGUGGGACUACUUUACGGUUGUUUGAUAAAGAUAACCAGCUGCAAAAAGGUCGUCAAAAAUGUCAUUUACAUCGUCGCAAGGCUGCAGAUGGUCUGGAUUCCUCCUCAACGCCCGCAGUCCUACCUAAUGUGCGUCGUGCCGGAUCUAAGUCUAAGGAAGAAGCUGAAAUAAUAGACAAAGAGGGUGAAGAACUAGACAGGCUGGAGAAAUUAUUCAAAAAACAUGAAAUGGGCGAAAUUGCACGUAUCGAAUGGCUGGAUCAAUUGGUUUUCAGAGGAGUAGAAAAGCGAGGUCUUCAGGCGUCCAGUGCCACUCUCAAGAACAUACAGCGCAGAAGAACUCGACAAAAAAGUGUGAUCUUGACUCUGGAUGGGGCAGAAGAAAAGAAUAACGAUACCGAACAUGAUUUAUUGGACGACCAUCCUUCCAAGGAUGAAAGAUUCACUCUUCAUGUGGAGCUACCCAGAUUCGACUUCCCGGUUGUAUUUGCCGACCACGAGUACCCACCGCCACCUAUAUCUUCGCUACAGAAUCUUUCUUCUUCUCAAUCAAACAUCAUCCUUAAACCUCCCCCGCAAGUUCAAUUCGGGCCAGGUAUCAAUGGUUUCGGGGACAAUGAUGAGCAUGGCUUUGGUGGACGCCUUGUAAGAGUCUACGACCCUGAAGUUGGGGCCAGGGAUAACCCCGCGGAGAGUAAACAUCGUCGCCUGGUUCGAAGUCACAGAACUGGAGUGCUAGAUCGUGACCUUAAACCGAAUGCCAAAGUCCGAGAUGAAUUAAACAACAUUAUCGCAUAUUCGCCAACACACUUUCUAUCACCAGAGGAAAAAGACCUUGUCUGGAAAUUCAGGCAUCAUCUUGCGCGGGACAAAAGGGCACUCACAAAGUUCAUCAAAUCUGUAAAUUGGAAUGACCCAAACGAAGCCCGUGAAGCAGUGGCCAUGUUGAGCAAAUGGACCGAGAUUGAUGUUGAUGACGCUUUAGAGUUAUUGGGGCCAACAUUCGAAAAUUCUUCCGUGAGAGCUUACGCUGUGGAUAGAUUACGAAAAUCCGAUGAUGACGAGCUCUUGCUCUAUCUGUUGCAACUUGUACAAGCCCUCAAAUUCGAGCAUAUUUCACCCGAUUCGGCUGAAGAUGCGACACAGGAUUCUUCCCUUGCACGACUACUUAUUUCAAGGGCAACAAAUAAUUUCCAACUCGGAAAUCUCUUUCACUGGUAUCUUAUGGUAGAAUGCGAUGACAAAAGCGAAGAUCAAGGAGCUGGCUAUCGUAAACUAUUUGCCAAAGUUGAAUACGAUUUCAUGACCGAAUUGGUGAAGGCGCCCGAAGGAGUUGAGACUCGAAAGGUUCUACUGCGCCAGGCAGAGCUUGUCACAAUGUUGUCUAGGGUUUCUGAAGAUAUAAAGUCUUCACGGGAUACAGUAUCUCGCAAGGCCGAGAAGGUAAAGCAGUUUCUUGCCGAUCCUAAGAAUGAACUCAUCACUAUAGACCCACCCCUACCUCUACCGCUUGACCCUUCGAUUAUGAUCACCGGCGUGGAUCCUUCGGAAACAAAUGUUUUCAAGUCAUCGUUGUUUCCAAUCAUGAUAACUUUUAAGACGACAACCAAACAAAAAUAUCAAAUCAUCUUCAAGACAGGAGACGAUUUGCGCCAGGAUCAACUAGUCAUUCAGAUCAUUACACUCAUGGACCAGCUACUACAAAAAGAGAACCUAGACCUGAAGUUGUCACCUUACAAAAUCCUUGCGACCGGAGCAACUGCAGGAGCUGUCCAGUUCGUUCCGUCUAUGACCCUGCAGAGCAUUGUCAACAAGUUUAAGGGCAACACUGUACUUAAUUAUCUCAAAUCCAAUAAUCCUGAUGACAAGGCCUCUCUUGGUGUUCGCAAAGAAGCCUUGGAUGUGUUUAUAAAAUCGUGUGCAGGAUACUGUGUGAUUACAUAUCUUCUUGGUGUGGGCGAUCGUCAUCUAGACAAUCUUCUUCUGGCACCAGAUGGUCAUUUUUUCCACGCUGAUUUUGGCUUUAUACUUGGUAGAGACCCCAAGCCAUUUGCUCCCGCGAUGAAACUCUGUAAGGAAAUGGUAGACGGGAUGGGAGGAUCUAUGUCGGAACAUUAUCCGCAAUUCAAACAGUACUGCUUCACGGCUUACACAACAUUACGUAAAUCCUCAAAUUUGAUUCUCAAUCUCUUCAGUCUGAUGGUUGAUGCCAAUAUUCCGGAUAUCAAAAUUGAGCCAGACAAGGUUGUAUUGAAAGUUAAAGAACGAUUUCAUUUAGAAUUGAGCGAAGAGGAUGCAAUCAGGCAUUUUGAAAGGUUAAUUGAGGAUAGUGCGAAUGCGAUCUUCCCAGUCGUCAUUGACAGGUUGCAUGGUUUUGUGCAGCAUUUCAGGUAG